AUGCGACGGAGGACAAAGGAGUGGAAAGAAAUUGAAGGUUGCCAAUUAGAAACAGCGUGUCCUCCUGAAAAGCCCUUUGCCCGCACCGCUUCCGAGAAUAUCCUGAUGAUGCAAGCAUUUGAAUGGCACGUACCGGACGAUCAGCUCCACUGGCAGCGCCUUCGAAAGUUAUUACCGAGCCUCAAGGAUAUCGGGGUUGACAAUCUCUGGAUUCCACCAGGUUGCAAGGGAAUGGACCCAUCUGCGACGGGUUACGACAUCUACGACAUGUACGACUUGGGGGAGUUCUAUCAGAAGGGAUCCCGCGCGACAAGAUGGGGACCGAAAGAGGAAUUACAAGCGCUUGCUUAUGCUGCCCAAGCUAUCGGAAUUGGGAUAUAUUGGGAUACUGUGUUGAAUCAUAAAGCCGGUGCGGACUUCACCGAACGAUUCAAAGCAGUGAAAGUCGACCCACGCCAGAGAAAUAUUGAGAUUGCGCCACCAGGAGACAUUGAAGGUUGGGUUGGCUUCGACUUUCCCGGUCGCAGAGGAAAGUACAGCUCCAUGAAGUAUCGCUGGCAGCACUUUACAGGGGUCGACUGGGAUGACAUGGGCAGUGAGCAUGCAAUUUACAAGACUUGUGGAUACAAGAAAGGCUGGGCCAUGGACGUUAGUGACGAAAGCGGCAAUUAUGAUUAUUUGAUGUUUGCCAACUUGGACCAUUCUCACCCAGAGGUUCAAGACGAUAUCUUCAAAUGGGCAGAGUGGAUCGGAACCGAGAUUCCCAUCAGUGGCAUGCGAAUCGAUGCAGCAAAACACUACUCUGCUGCCUUCCAGAAAAAGUUUAUUGAUCAUUUGCGGGCCAACGUUGGAGCCGAUUAUGAUCUGGUGGGAGAAUACUGGAGGGGAGAGGUAGGCCUACUUCUUGAACAUCUUACAUUGAUGGAUCAUCAGAUUUCCUUGUUUGAUGUACCUCUGGUUGGUCGGUUUUCGGUUAUCUCGAACGCAAAGAGCGCAGACCUACGGCAAAUUUUCAAGGGCACCCUGGUGGAACAGAGACCAAGGCACGCAGUGACAUUUGUUGGAAAUCAUGAUACGCAGCCAGGGCAAUCAUUAGAAACCCCGAUUGCACCAUUCUUCAAACCUCUUGCAUAUGCUUUGAUCCUCCUCCGAUGGCAGGGACGGCCGUGUAUCUUUUACGGUGACCUCUAUGGAAUUCGAGGAGGACCCAAACCAAGGCUCGGGCCUUCGUGUGGUGGGAAACUUCCAAUUCUCACCCGCGCCCGUAAACUCUAUGCGUAUGGCGACCAGCGAGAUUAUUUUGAUAAGCGGCACUGCAUUGGGUUCGUACGCUACGGGGACCUGCAUCAUCCCUUUGGGCUUGCGUGCAUUCUCAGCGAUGCGGCAGCUUCCCAAAAGCGCAUGUACAUUGGCCGCGGCCAUGCUGGGGAGGAAUGGACAGAUAUUCUUCAGUCACGAACUGGAACGGUCGUGAUUGAUGAUCGUGGUUAUGGCAUUUUUUCGGUAGCUUCGAAGAGUGUCAGUGUUUGGGUGAACUCUCGAGCGGAGGGAAGACAAAAUAUUGCUCGACAUUUGUAA